AUGCGCAAUAUCGUGCUCCUCCUCUCUCUUCUCUUUCAUGGGUUCGCCACCCUUGGCGCUCACUCGAUCCCGCGGCAGGAGGAACCCGAGUCUGAGAUGGCACUUGUUGCUCAGCACAACAUUGAAAAAAAUCAAACGGUUGUAACCAAUGAUGACAAGCGCUAUAUGGAUGAAGAACGAAUUGAGCUCAAUCCUAAUGCCGUUGUUCAAACUGUGGAGAAGGUAGUUGACAAGCCAAACAAUGUCAACAAGGGAGUCUUUUCGUCAUUGAUGCGGUGGCUUUUGACGCCAUACAGGGCCUUUUUGCGCUAUCGCAAUAGAGCAUUUGCCAAUACUAAAUUAGCCGUUGUGACAAGACUUAUUGAUGAAGGACCGAAUGGAUACGAUAAAGCACUUCUCAGUGAUUAUACCCCACUCACUUUGGAAACCUUGAUCAGUCAUGGCAAAUCAGAGAACUACAAGUUCUAUAUGCCGACUGAUACAAAUGUCGCAACUAUGUUUUAUCGGUACCGCGAUUUGUUGGGCGUCCCUGGAACUACCGUUACACCUGCCUCGUUGAAUGAGAUUUGGUCAUCUACUAUGCCUCAAAUCUGGUUUCUUGAUCGCCUUUGGAUGAAAAUCGAAGUCGGUAUGGCAAAAGUGUUAAUUAAAGCGAAAGUUGAUGCUCAGGGAAUGUUGUCUCGCAACAUACGUCCAAUUGCUUACAAGAAAGCGUUGCUUGAUUUAAAAAAAUGGGAUGAAACGAAGACUUACACGUUGGAGGAGUGGCUCAAGCCUAUGAGAGAGAGCAUUAUGCAGUAUGAAUGCAAAGCAUAA